AACACGAUUUAUAACCUUAUUUAAAAUUAACAUUGUGUUGCUCUACUGUAACGUAAACAAUUAAACAUUUUGUAACAAUUAAACAAACAAUUACUAUCAUUAAUUUAAAAUUACCUGUCAUUUUUUAAAUUUUAUUUAAAAAUUUAAUGUUGAAUUUUUUUUCAAGGUAUAAAAAAUAAAUAAAGUAAAUAUGGAUGAUGACGAGAUUCCAAAUAAACGUCAGCGUUUAGAAAAAUCAAAAUCAAUUAGCGACAGUUCCUUCGAAAACGAAGACAGUUCUUCAGAAGAGUCUUCAUCCCACGUUGAUCAUGAAGAUGACGAUGACGAUGAGUGGAGCGAUUCGUCUUUUGACAAGAGCGACGAUUUUGAGGAAGAACUUGAGGAUGAAGACAGCGACAUAGUUUCGAAGUCUGAUUCAAAUAAAAGUUCAAGUUUAAAUGAUGACAGACUUCAUACUGCAGCCAAAGGGAACGAUCCUAAAUUACUUGAAGAAAUUCUUAAAGAAGGCGUCGACAUUGACGCUCCAGAUCAAAACGGCGACACUGCUCUCCACACCGCAGUUAGAAGACAAAAUAUACUUUUUGUUAAAUACCUUUUAAGAUACGGAGCAGAUAUUACCACGAGGACGAGCUAUGCCUACCAAAAAGGUUACACGCCCUUGCAUAUCGCCGCGGAAUUACAGCAGCCUGACAUCGCAAACGUUUUGCUGACAGUAAAACCAGAUUUUACGACAACCAGAAAAAUCCGCAAUAAAUUAUUCCAGUUCGCGCUCUGGCGAAAAAAUUUCAAAUUAAUGAACUACUUGAACGGGAACUUCGGAUUUAAUUCAAAGUGCGCUAGGAAAAUAAGAAAAACCCAGUCGUUAAUUUCCUUAGGAAUAAUGGGAUACAGUCACGAUAUGAUAAAACUGAUAAUGGGCACUCACUCGGACAUAAAUUUAAUAACAGAAAAAGGAGAGUCUGCUCUGCGGAUUGCCGUUCGCAAAGGCGACGUGGACAUGCUCAAAUUAUUGCUAAAGAACGGCGCGUCUCCUCAUGCCCCGGAUUUUGAGAAUCGCAAAUGGUACUCCGGGUUCCACACAGCCGCCGAAAUGAAUCGCGUCGACAUGAUGAAAGUUUUUUUGGACCAUCACUUCGACAAAGACGACGCCACCGACGAGGGAAUCACUGCUCUGCACAUUGCGGUCAUCAACAAAAACGUUGACUUGGUCAAGACUCUGCUGAGUUGGAAUGUCAACGUCAAUGUCAAAGCCAUGUACUACAACUUAAGGGGUUACACGCCCUUGCACAUGGCUGUCGUUGAAAACAGCCUGGAAAUAAUAAAACUCCUGCUGGAUACCAAAGGGAUCGACAUCCGUGCCACCAACGGCAACAGGGAGACAGCUCUCCAUAUUGCCACCAGAAAACAAUUCCGUGACAUCAUCGAGUACUUGCUGAAAUUUCAUGUCGAUAUCAAUGCCAAGAGUGGGUUACCUUCGCAAAACGGUUACACGCCUCUGCACAUCGCCGCGGAAAAAAAAAAUAAUAAAAUUAUAAAUAUUCUUCUGAGACAUGGCGCAGACAUAAAUGCUGUCACGGAUAAAGGGGAGUACGGGAUCCACAUCGCGGUUCAUGCAAGAGAUGUGGAUGUAAUUCAAAAUUUUUUGUCUCACGGUGUCGACAUCGAUUUGAAAUCGAAAGACGGUACGUCGCCACUGCACAUUGCAGUCUCUAAUGAAGAUUAUCGAGUUGUUGUAUUUUUACUUACUAAGGGUGCAAAUAUUGAUUUAAAAACAACUAGGGGCUCUAAGGCCCUUGAUAUAGCGAUUGAAUGUGACAAUUUAGAUUUAACAAGAAUAUUAUUGAAUGCUGGGGCUGAUAUUAAUUGUUUGCCGAGAUAUCCCUUUGAAUAUACUGUGAUUUUUGAUACGUUCAAGCGACAUGUAAUUAAAUUGACAACAGCGAAUGUAACGUUGAAAAAUUUGUCUCAUGUUUUAAGCUGGUUCUCGUCUGGGAAGAAAAUGGAAAAGUACAGAUCCAGGUGCGCGAAAGAAGUUGAGCUGCUGAAAAAAAGUAAAAUUGGCUCGAGCAAUAUUUCUUAUUAUGAGAUUUUGGUAAAACAUGUGGAUCAGCUGGCGAGAUGCGCGAAGAAUAUUGAUAUUAUUGAGACACUGGUCCCGGAAAAUGUAAUUGAAAAGUUCCCGCUGUAUGGAUUCUUGGUGGUGAGUCGGUUUAUUAAGGGAAUAAGUCGCAGGGAGAUGGUUAAGAAAGUGGAGCCGCUGCUCCUUGAUGUUUUAUAUGAACUGCCGCCAAUAGUCGUGGGAAUUAUAAUCGACUACUUGAGCGAUGAAGAUUUGAAAACGAUAUCGAAGAGUUUGUAGUUUAUAUAAUUUUUACUAGUUACAUUAGUGUAUAUUUUGUAAUUAAAUUGUUGUACUUUUUAAUUAUUUAUCAUAUAUUAUUGUAUUAAACAUUCGGCUAUGUAGUUUAAUA